AUGCUGGUCACAAAAACGAAGUUGCUUUGCCGACUUCGAUCUGCCGACUUCGAUCUGCCGACUUCGAUCUGCCGACUUCGAUCUGCCGACUUCGAUCUGCCGACUUCGAUCUGCCGACUUCGAUCUGCCGACUUCGAUCUGCCGACUGAUCUGCGACUUCGAUCUGCCGACUUCGAUCUGCCGACUUCGAUCUGCCGACUUCGAUCUGUCGACUUCGAUCUGUCGACUUCGGCUUCGCCUGCCGAAUUUUUC